CAUCCCUCUUCGCUGUUCGUUUUCUUGUUCUCUACGUCGACACAAGGAUGGCUGCUCUUGUCGCGUCACGAACAGCGCUGCUCCGGCCACUCGCGCGACAUGCCCGCCUCGGCCUCCCAGCGCGGUGCAUGUCCUCAGCGCCGAGCGAUCUGAGGAGAACGGCGCUGUACGACUUCCACGUCAAAAACGGCGCGAAGAUGGUUCCCUUUGCGUCCUAUGCCAUGCCUCUCCAAUAUGGCGAUGUCGGAGCAGUCGCGAGCCACAAACACGUACGCGAAUCCGUCGGGCUCUUCGACGUCAGCCAUAUGGUCCAGUCCGUCAUCCGCGGCCCGACUGCGACCGAGUUCCUCGAGUGGAUCACGCCGUCCGACCUCCAGUCGCUCCCCGCGUACUCGUCCACGCUAUCCGUCCUCCUCAACGAGAACGGCGGGAUCAUCGACGACUUGAUGAUCACCAAGCACGCCCCGGACGCGUUUUACGUCGUCACGAAUGCCGGCCGGCGCGAGCGGGAUAUUGCCUGGUUCCAGACUGCGAUCAAGGAGUGGAAUGCGAAGCAUGACCCUGUAGAGCUUGAGAUACUCGCGGACUGGGGCUUGCUCGCUCUGCAAGGACCGGAGGCGGCUAAUUACCUACAGGGACUCACGUCCUUUGACCUGCGCGAGCUGACGUUCGGCAAGUGCGCGUGGAUCCCCAUCGAGGGUUUCAACCUGCAUGUCGCCCGCGGCGGGUAUACCGGUGAAGACGGCUUCGAGAUUUCUAUCUCGCCAUCGGAAACAGUCGAGGUAGCACAGCUGCUUUCAAAGUCCCCCGUGCAGCUCACCGGGCUCGGCGCGCGCGACAGCCUGCGUCUCGAGGCUGGCAUGUGCCUCUACGGGCACGACCUCGACGAGAAGACGACGCCGGUCGAGGCGAGCCUAAAUUGGGUUAUCGGCAAAAGAAGGCGGGAGAACCCUACCUUCCACGGCCAUGAGAACGUCAUGAAGCAGCUCAAGGAGGGACCCCCGCGCAGGCGUGUCGGGAUGAUCGUCGAGGGUCCGCCCGCGCGAGAGGGCGCGAAGAUCCUCGAUCCAGAGAGUAAGGAGCAGAUCGGUGUGGUGACGUCGGGAAUCCCGUCGCCGACGCUGGGCAAGAACAUCGCGAUGGGCUACGUCAAGAACGGCUUCCACAAGAAGGGCACAGAGCUCGCGGUCGACGUGCGCGGGAAGCAGCGGAAAGCGGUGCUCACCCCGAUGCCGUUCGUCCCGUCGCAUUAUUACCGCGGGUGA